AUGUGGACUGGGCUCGUUCUGAUAGCGGUGACGCUGGUUUCCUCGCGUGCUUCCGAAGACAAUCUGCGGAUUGCAUUGAAGCAUGUGACCGGACUGACAGACACAGAACUGUCCCACUUCGCCGAUGAGCUGCUCGCCCUGCAGCCGCCAUCCCAACGAGAUCUUUGGCAGCGAAAAGUUCACUGCACUUUGGGGACUUGUGGACCGGAGGCAACGAGUCGCCUUAUCGCCGCUUUGGGAGAAAAUGAGAAGUUGCCUUCCAGGACCUUCGAGCUCUUUCCUGGUGACCCGCUCUAUAAAUACUGGAAGGAGUCGGACACGCAGAAAUUUCACUCCUGGAUCGAUGGGGAAGCUGCAGAGGAAGAAACGAUCGAGGCCUUGAUACCUGAGGGGCAGCCGCUGGCAUCCGGCCGAAUCCAAGCAGCUCACUUCACUUGGAAGGCGAAAGAUUUGGUCUCAAAGCUCCUUGGCCCGGCAGCUGGAGCCUUUGGCGCGUUGGGGCGCUGCUUGGAGUGGGACACGCCCUUCUAUACCAUCAAAGCCUUUGGACCACUCUGCUUUCGCCACGAUGUGCUUCAGUACGCCGAUCCCCGCGCCGGGCAUCCGGAGAAGAUGCAGACCUACAGCAAGGGUACCAGGGUGAUGGCUUUGGACGUUCUCCGGCCACCCGAUUGGAUGCCUAGAGACUACGGCUUGGACCCACAUCAAGCUGCAGGUGGCAUCGCGAAGUUGCUUAACCCAGGCGGAUUCCUCUUGCUGGGCGCUCCCUUCAUUGACGGAGUGCACGGUUGCCCUGACGACUUCUUCCGCUACACGCCUCACGGGCUGCGAAAGGUGGCGGAGGGAGCCAAGCUGGAGGUGCUGCUCGAGUUCUCUCCUGGCAUGACGGUUGCUGCUGCUGGGGACUUUAUCGGCAUGCGGUCCUCGUAUUGGCGAACCGAGGAUUUGUUGAAGCUCUCGGACACGCAUCCAAUGAAUGUGUUUCUUCUGGCCAGAAAGCCCUUGAUGCCUCACCAGAGGCGAACCUGGGCGCGGCACAACCAAACUGAAUGGACAUGA